AUGUCGAAGCAGCUUCCGGCCGGGCUCAAAGAGUCUCUGGAGAACUCCAAAGCUGAGUAUCGCCAGCUUGGCAAGUCGGGUCUCCGAGUCUCGGUGCCCAUCUUCGGAUGUAUGAGCUUCGGCGACAAGAGGACUCUGCCUUGGGUCAUCGGCGAGGACGAGGCUCUCCCUCUGCUCAAGGCGGCCUACGACCGUGGCCUCAACACAUGGGACACAGCCAACGUCUACAGCAACGGCGCCUCGGAGAUCAUUGUAGGCAAGGCUAUCAAGAAGUACAGCAUUCCCCGCCACAAGGUCGUCAUCCUGACCAAGGCCCACUGGGCCGUUGGAGAGGAACCCGAGGCCCGCCACUUUGUCAACCGCGCCGAGUUUGAGGCCUCGAAAGACUACCAGAACAAUUUCGGCCUCUCGCGCACCGCCCUCUUCAACCAAGUCGAGGCCUCCCUGCAGCGCCUCGACACGCCCUACAUUGAUCUCCUCCAGAUCCACCGCUUCGACGCGCGCACGCCGCUCGAGGAGACGAUGAAGGCGCUCCACGACCUCGUGCAGUCGGGCAAGGUGCGCUACAUCGGCGCCAGCAGCAUGUGGGCGACGCAGUUUGCGCGGCUGCAGUUCGUCGCCGAGAAGAACGGCUGGACGCCCUUUGUCAGCAUGCAGAACCAGUACAACCUGCUGUACCGCGAGGAGGAGCGCGAGAUGAACCGGUUCUGCAACGACACGGGCGUCGGGCUCAUCCCGUGGGCGCCGCUGUGCCGCGGCCACCUGGCGCGCAGGCCCGAGGACUUUGGCAGCACGGACCGGAGCCGGGCCGAGAAGGCGGGCCAGGCGGGCGGCGGCGGCAGCGGCACGUCGGAGCGGGACCGCGAGAUUGUCGGCCGCGUCGUCGAGCUGGCGGAUAAGCACGGCUGGGCUAUCGCGCACGUCGCGCUCGCGUGGAUCAACCGCCGCGUGGCGAGCCCCAUCAUCGGCUUCAGCAGCGUCGAGAGGCUGGACCAGGCGCUGUCGGCACGGGGCAAGAGUCUGUCCGAGGAGGAGGAGAAGUACCUCGAGGAGCUGUACCAGCCCAAGGCCAUCUCUGGGCAUGCAUGA